GCGGAAGCAGAGGUGGAGGCUGAGGUGGAGGCCGAGGUCGUUACAGCCGCUGCCAAUACAAAUGUAAAUGCGGACACUGGAGGGAGCGCCAAGGGGAACCCCGACUUCCCCAUGGCCUCGCUGUACGUGGGCGACCUGCACCCUGAGGUGACCGAGGCAAUGCUGUAUGAGAAGUUCAGCCCGGCCGGGCCCAUCCUCUCCAUCCGCAUUUGCCGGGAUAAGAUCACCCGCCGCUCGCUGGGCUAUGCGUAUGUCAACUACCAGCAACCUGUGGACGCCAAGAGGGCCUUAGAGACCCUGAACUUUGAAGUCAUCAAGGGCAGGCCGGUGCGCAUCAUGUGGUCCCAACGAGACCCCUCGCUCCGCAAGAGCGGGGUGGGUAAUGUCUUCAUCAAGAACCUGGGCAAGACCAUUGACAACAAAGCGCUGUACAGCAUCUUCUCAGCAUUUGGCAACAUCCUCUCCUGCAAAGUGGCUUGUGAUGAAAAGGGGCCCAAGGGCUAUGGGUUCGUGCACUUCCAGGAGCAGGAGUCCGCUGAGCGGGCCAUCGACGCCAUGAAUGGCAUGUUCCUGAACUACCGCAAAAUUUUCGUCGGGAGAUUCAAGUCGCAUAAAGAAAGAGAGGCUGAAAGGGGAGCCUGGGCCAGGCAGUCCACCAGUGCUGAAGUCAAGGAUUUCGAGGAAGAUACUGAUGAGGAGGCAACCUUACAAUGA